UAUCUGCAUCUGAUCCACGGUGUGCAGAUGUCCACAUCCAUGGAUAUAAAGCAGGUAUCUCGGAGUUGCAGAGCUGUACAUAUCUUUACUUGAUUUUUCAUAACUACACAGUAUUUACUUCAUGUAACCUCCCAUCCCUGGAUGAUGUCACAUUUAAUCAUUACUUUUACAACAAUCUAAUAUUUUGUUGACUUAAUUAUGGCUGCUUUUUAGGUUAUAACAAAAAUGCUUCAAAAGUAGAAAUAACAGCGAGAGUAAAGCGUCAUUUCAGUGCUUCUGUUAGUGUUUUCUUACUUGUCAUUCUUCUGCUUCGCAUUCCUUGGACAAUCUGCCCUCUGCUUUGCUGGCAGCCAAAGAAGCAAAGCUAAGGAGCCAUAUGAAAAAUUAAGACUGUCCCAUUCCACUCUUUAAACCAAUAUUUACCAAUCAGUGCAAAUUUAUUUAGCACUUUAAAUUGAAGCCUUUAAUGUAAAUGGCCUUCAGGUAAUGGAUAUAUUCGGAAACGUAUCAUACAGCAGUUUUGUAUAGUGAGUAAAAUAUACACAGUACAACUUUGUCUUAAAUGUGUAAUGCCUAAAAAUGUGGAAAUAUCUAGAAACUAUUGAGAUUUAAGUUGAAGAGGAGCCUUGGAGAGCUGGAAAAACGGCUGUUUUCAAGUACUAUAUGCUAAUUGGGUGAAUAAAAGUAAUUUCUGCUUUCUAUCCUGUUUUUAGCUUAACUCUAUAUUAAAUCACUUUAAAUGUUUAUACUUGAAAACCUUAGUUUUUGCACAACCUCUCAAAAUAGAAAUUUAUUUGUCUGAAACAUGCAGUAAAAUAAUUAUUUUAUUUCUCCAGGGAAUGGCUUUACCUGUUGUCUCAUGAAAUGUUGAAUCCAUAUUACGGCCUCUUCCAGUACUCACGAGAUGAUAUCUAUACGCUGCAAAUCAAUCCAGACUCUGCAGUUAAUCCGGAACACUUAUCCUAUUUCCAUUUUGUUGGACGGAUUAUGGGGAUGGCUGUGUUUCAUGGACAUUAUAUUGAUGGGGGCUUCACAUUGCCUUUCUAUAAGCAAUUGCUAGGAAAGCCAAUUACUCUUGAUGACAUGGAAUUGGUUGACCCAGAUCUUCACAACAGCUUAGUUUGGAUACUAGAAAAUGAUAUUACAGGUGUCUUGGAUCAUACGUUCUGUGUGGAACACAAUGCUUAUGGAGAAAUUAUUCAACAUGAACUGAAACCCAAUGGGAAAAGCAUCCCUGUCACAGAGGAAAAUAAAAAAGAAUAUGUCAGGCUUUAUGUAAACUGGCGUUUUUUACGAGGCAUUGAAGCUCAGUUUCUAGCACUGCAGAAGGGAUUUAAUGAAGUAAUCCCACAACAUCUGCUGAAGACAUUUGAUGAGAAGGAGCUAGAGCUCAUCAUUUGUGGACUUGGAAAGAUUGAUGUUAAUGACUGGAAGGCAAAUACUAGGUUAAAACACUGUACCCCAGACAGCAAUAUUGUGAAAUGGUUCUGGAAAGCUGUGGAGUUCUUUGAUGAAGAGAGGAGAGCACGAUUGCUCCAGUUUGUAACCGGCUCAUCCAGAGUGCCUCUUCAGGGUUUUAAAGCGUUACAAGUUACAAGAUAGCAGUUUGGGGGUGAUAUCGUGUAUUAGUGCUAGAGAAUUCAUCUUUACUGGAUUUGCAGGUGCUGCGGGGCCCAGGCUAUUUACAAUACACCAGAUCGAUGCCAGCACUAAUAACUUGCCGAAAGC